AUGUGGAUAACAACUGAGUUUAAUCAAUUUCAAAAGGAAUUAUUUCGUAUUUUAAUACCAAUUAUAAUUCUAGUUGGUAAUAUUGGAUCUAUUCUUAAUGUUAUUGUUUUCUCAGUUAGUAAAAAACUUCGAUCAAGUCCAUAUUCACUUUAUUUAAGAUUUGCUUCAAUUGGUUUUGCACUUUAUUUAAAUAUAGUAACUUUAUUAAGACUUCUUCAAAUUGGUUUUAAUAUUGACUCAUCAUCAACAUGGUCAUGGAUUUGUAAAUUAAGAUUUUUUGCUGUUGGAUUUUUAUUAAUGUUACCUCGAUCAUAUAUUUUAUUAGCUGCUAUUGAUAGAGAAAUAUUAUAG